UCUGGCCAAACACAAUGCUUUAAUCCUAAUCCCCAAAUUGAGAUAAACAUAAAUUAAAGCUUCUUUUCUCUUUUGCUGAAUUGUUGAUGACCCAUUCAUGACUCAUCCCACGGUCAAGUCACAAAAGACGAUCACAAUCUUUGCUUUUCAUUUUCCUUUAUAUACCUUACCCUGCACCAUACCAUUUCACCAAGCAGCUUCAUCUUACAUAUCACACAAGAUCAAAUUAAUUAAUUACUUAAUCCUCUAACGAUGAACAUGAGCAGAGUUGAACAACAAGUCAUUAGAUUUCCAACGGGAAAGACUACCCCGGUGGGAUACUUACCUGAUCCGGCCUCAAUUAACAAGUUCCGGGUUUCGGCUCCUUCCAAGAAAUCUGAACAAAACAACGCAAAAUCGAUUCUUAAAAGGAAGAAAACCGAUGGUUUCAGUUUCACCAGUGGAGCUAGAGACCAGAGCAAGCUAAGACCAAAGCUAACUGAAACAGUGAAGAGAAAGCUAUCUUUGGGAGCUAGGAUUCUUCAGGUUGGAGGUUUAGAGAAGAUCUUCAAGAAGCUCUUUAGAGUCAGUGAAGGAGAGAAACUGUUCAAAAUGUACCAGUGUUACUUGUCGACAACCGCAGGUCCCAUUGCCGGGCUUCUGUUCAUCUCGUCAAAGAAAAUGGCCUUCUGCAGCGAGAGGUCGAUGAAGGUGGCUUCUUCUCAAGGAGACAUGAUCCGGGUUCACUACAAAGUGUCAAUUCCCUUGAGCAAGAUAGAGAGAGUGAACCAGAGUCAGAACACAAAGAAACCAUCACAGAAAUACCUCGAAGCAGUCACCGUUGAUGGUUUCGACUUCUGGUUCAUGGGGUUCUUGAGCUACCAGAAAGCUUUCAAUUGUCUUGAGAAGGCUCUUUCUCUGAGCUUUGAAGACGAGGAAGACCAAUAAAGCUACGACUUUAUGAUGAGCUUUGGAGUUUAGGAUAAAUAUUUCAUUUCUUCUUUACCUGAUUGAUCACAGAGUAGUCCUAGAAGGCUAGAAGACAGACAAUACUGUACAAUUAAACUCACAUUCUUAUUUAUCUUUUCCAUUGUAGACAAUUUCAGAUGAAUAUAUUAAGGUAAUCAUUUAUCU